AUGGCUGCGGGGGCUGGGCAGAAGCUUCAUAUCGGUCUCCCUGGGGUCCCCGAUGGACCGGACCUUGACUUGGACUGCGAUCAGGGCAAGGGUCGAACUGACGUCGGAGAUCAUGAAAGCCCAUCCAAGAGACACCGACAGGAACAGGAGGUGGGGCUCACCAUGGACUCCAUUCGGCAGCUCUUAGCCGAGCAGUCACACUCUCUACUUCAGGCCCAACAGAUGCAGAUGGCCACAUCGUUCCGCGCCUUUGAAGACAGGCAAGCCUCCCGGCUGGAUCACAUUGAGUCUAAGGUGGAUACACAGGGGACACGCAUGGACGACAUGGACACUCGACUUCGUGAGCUGACGACUCGACUCUCACAGGUGGAAGCUCGACCGGAGGACACUGAUGAGCCAAGGGGGCGAAUGAUGCAAGUGGUGCAGGCAGUGAAUGCGAGUCAGGUCACCAUCUCCGGUGCUGCCAAGCCACUUUGGGCCACGUUCAGCAAAACGCCUGAGGAGCGCGGGAAAGCUGCGGUCGUUUCGGCCGUGCGCAAGGUGGUACAGCGCCUACAUGUGCCUCGCAUGCAAGACCUGGAUGCGGAGUAUGGCUCAGGCAAGUGCUGGGUGAAGGACGAUCAGCUUUCCGGUAUGGGCGACCCACCACCAGAGGUACACCAUGUCAGGGUUGUGGAGACGCGGGCGGGCAAGGCCUGGAUCGACGAGAGGACUCUUUCGAAGUGGGUUGAGGCUCAGUUGCCCGAGGUGCAGAGGGCUGCUGUGGAUGGAUGCUCGUUGCCUUCUUCGGGCCCUGACAUGCUGCGGGGAGGUGCCGUCUCUCGAGAUGGCGGCUACGCAGUCUCGGUAUGGGGUUGGAAUGUUGGCGGUGCAGACCUUGCUCUGCUGCUAAAGGCAGUCAGGGAGUCCAGCUGCAGAGCGCUCGGAAAAGAUGAUAUCGUCUUGCUCCAGGAAGUACCCAGAGAGCGUCAGGGCUGGAAUCAUCAAGAGCUUGCUGGCAGAAAGAUCGUGACACACCGUGCAGAACAACAGUGGAGAGGGUCAGGGGUCUGGUAUGAUGCAGGAGCGUGGUGUGUUCUUCGCAAGUUCUCAACAAACAGGGGCACGUGGUUUAAGCUCAAACAUCUAGAACGCGCGAUUGAACUCUGGCUUGGCACAGCACACUUCUCGCCUGGGGUUACGGUGGCAAGGUACGAGGAUGAGGUCCACAACCACUUUGACGCUUUGCCUCGAAAUGCCCAUCGUGUGGUCUUUCAAGGGGAUGUCAACACUCCUUUCGGUUGGUCGCAGCCGUCGUCCGGGGAGGUCUCGGAAAUUGCUAAGGAACAUCCUCCACAAGGUGCUAACGGAAAGGGGGCUGCAUCUUCUGUGCCCGUCGGAUACCCAGACAACAAAGAGGGUCAGUGUAUUGACAUCAUGGCAGCAAGCAACCUCAGGGUGAAGUACUGGCACAUCCAUGUUGACUCCUAUCUCCAGGUGGGCACGGAUCAUGAACUUUGCGAGGGGUGCCUUGUGUUGGAUGCCAAGCGUACACACAAUAGGCAUGAGACACAGCCUAGGGUUUGGACCGGAGGGAUAGACCAGAUCUCCGAAAUGAACCAGGACGUGAUGGAAGGGUUGGCACGGACUUGCACCAAGCCCGCCCCUGGUCAUGGUUAUAAGGAUCCGGACGCCGUUCGCAAAGCCUUCAGGGAGGCCAAGCGGGCAGGAACAGCAGCAUCAUGGAAAGCAGCCCUGAAACUCCGGAAGGAAGCACGUAAACAGUGGGAGUGGGAACGCCUACAGCGUGCCAGUCAGGGUGAUUGGAAGCUGCUUAAGGGUCUCAAGCCUCGACGCCACGCAGGGUGGGACAUUAGCUUUGCAGAGAACCAGGCCGGGGACCCCCACGAGGUGGUGCAUCGGCACCUUGCGGCAGUGUAUGCUGGCGAGGGAGUGUCCGAGGAACCGAAGGCGUGGGUUGGGGACGUCCGGGCAUUCAGCAUGGAAGAGCUCAGGGUCGGGGUUCAACACCUCAAGCGGGGAAAGGCCGUGGGAGCGGAUCAGACGUCGACUGAACUCAUCCAGGGGAUCAUGGAAGUCGAGGGUGGCCCUGCACACCUCUUGGAGUGGUAUAACAGAAUUCUGGUUACCGGUCAAAUUCCCAAGCGUUGGAAUGAGCCCAUCCUCGUCUUGCUCCCCAAGGUUCGCAUGCCCAAAACUGCGCGGGAACUUCGGCCUAUUGCUAUGGGUUCGGCAGUGUCCAAACUUUUCAGCAGGCUGCUGCUAAACCGUGCGCUUCCGAUGAUCUCUCCACAGUCCUAUGCUCAAUGCUCGGGGCCAGGGCGACAAACCUCAGAUUUCCUCUAUUCCAUUAUCAGGCUGUUUGAACUCGCACGUGAAUGGGGCAAUCCGUUGGUGGUUUUCAAGCUAGAUCUGGAAAAAGCUUUUGACAGCUUGGAUCGGAGGAAGCUCUUGGAGAAGCUGGAGGCCAAGAUCGGGCAGGGGGCAGAGUUGAAUUGUUGGAAGGGCCUCCUUCGGGGAACCACGGGCAUCUUGCAGUCACCAUGGGGCUCAUCGUGCAUUCCAAUGGGCAGGGGGAUAAAGCAGGGGGCGGUUGAAUCUCCUGUCUUGUUUGCCUACAUCGCCGAACUGGCACUGAUGGACACCGUGGACCUGCACGGGUGGCGCAAUCUGACUCCUCUUUAUCCGGACCUCCCACCGGAGGAAAUGCUCUAUAUGGACGAUGGCAUGUUAUGGAACGGUCUUACCUCAGUAGUUCAGGGUCGUGCUCAGCAACUGUCCGUCGAGUUUGCCAAGUACGGGCUCAGGAUGAAUGCAGGUAAGUGUCAGCUUUAUGCCACGCCCAAUGUGGAGGGGGAGCAUGCUAUACUUCUCAAUGGGGUUAAGAUCCGCGCGGCACCCACUUUGGAGGUCAUGGGGCUCACUCUCAGGGUUGGUAUCUCCACAUACGAGCUGGUCUCUCCGGCUACUACCAGGGCUCGGGCCAAAUUCUGGGAGUUGCGCCACAUAUUCCGGGCUAGAGGGAACAUGAAGCAAAGGGCCAGGGUUAUGGAGAGGAUACUUGGCGGGACGGCACUAUGGUUCAUCUGUUCGGUUCCACCGGAUAAGGCCACCAUGACUGCCCUCAACUCCACGCAGCUACAGUUGAUGGUGUGGUUGCUCCGGUUCGCCAAAACCAGGGAGGAGACGUGGGAUGGCUUUCGGCAGAGGGCCUUCAGGGGAGCUAGGGCUGCUCUACAUGCCGCCGGGCUUGAACGGUGGUCGACCACGUGGCUGCGUAGAUGGUGGAGUUUCGCAGGGCAUAGAGUCCGCACGGUCAUGUCGCCACGACCCCCGAUUAGUUGCUACUUCGAACAUUUCAGGACCCUCCCCUGGUGGGAGCAUCAAAAAUCCCUUCCCCCUGGACGCGGAAUCCGGCACAAGGGUCACCACUACGCCAGACUUACGGUGCUCGAACAGUCCAUGGAUGCAGUGGCUGGUCCGCCUUGGCGUUUGCUCGCCCACAACAGACAGGCAUGGAAACAGAGAGAGGAUGCAUGGGUGAGGGCUAUGGACGUUCCGUGGUCGUCUGGUAGGCAACUGGCUCUGAGGGACGAGUAG